UAUUUGAAAAUAAAGGAGAAAUUAUGGGCUGUUCAAAUCCUCAUCCCCACUGUCAGAUAUGGGCCAGUUCUUUUCUUCCUGAUGAGCCUCGAAUUGAAGAUACCCAGCAGCAUGAAUAUUUUAAUAAACAUAAGAUACCUUUGCUUUUGGAGUAUUUAAAUGAGGAAAUCAUAAGAAAGGAGCGUAUCGUACUCAUGAAUGAACAUUGGGUUGUAUUAGUCCCUUAUUGGGCUAUUUGGCCAUAUGAAACCAUGCUGUUGCCACUUCGCCAUGUGCUUAGAUUGCCUGAUCUCUCUGCUGAUGAAAAAUAUUCUCUAGCAGAUAUCAUGAAGAAGCUGUUAAUCAAGUACGAUAAUUUAUUUGAAACUUCUUUUCCUUAUACAAUGGGAUGGCAUGGAGCUCCUACAGGAGACACGAGUGGAGUUGAUUAUAGUUAUUGGCAACUUCAUGCUUCUUAUUAUCCACCAUUGCUGCGCUCAGCUACAAUUAAAAAAUUUUUUGUUGCGUAUGAAAUGUUAGCCCAACAUCAGCGAGAUCUCACUCCUGAACAGGCUGCUGAGAAGUUGAGACAGUUGCCCAUAGAACAUUACAAAUUUCGUAGUUCUGCCAAAUAAUGGUUGUUAUUUUAUGUAUGUAUAAAAAUUUAAAAUAAUUGAAGUAAAAAUGAAUUGUGAUUCUUGUUUAUACUUGAUAAAUGACAAUUCUGUAUUUUUAAGAAAGAUGAAUUUUGUAAUGAAUUUUAUGCUUUUUAAAUUUAUGAAAUAAACUGCAUUAUUUUCAAACAC